AUGAAAUCAACAAUAUUCAAUCCAACUGCAAGUAAUAGUUAUAUUUUAUAAAUUUUACUAAUCUUUUUCAGUUUCUUAGAUUUCAGAUACAAGUUAUAAAAUCGAUCGAAGAAGACUUCAUAUAAUACAACAGAUUAUGCAAUCAUCGGAAGAAGAUUUAUUUUUUAAAAAUUAUAUUUAUGUAUUUGUAUAAAUAGAAUGAAUAAAAAUCAUUAAAUUUUUUUGUAAAAAUAUUAGGCUAUAUUAGAUUUAAUUACGCUAUAGAUGAUCUUAGGUUGGGUAUUGUGUUGUUGUCAUGUCGUGUUGUGUUGUUUUAUGAUAUUUUUAAAUUGCUUAUUAGAUUUAAGCUUAGCUACAGUUGAUAUUUGGGUACAUAAGACACGUCAGUGUCUAAGUGCAUGCAUUGUUAAGGAUAGUUAAUAUUAAUUUAAGUGGGAUAAGUAAAAUUUUUUGAGACACAUAUUUGUUUAAACUUUUAUAACUACUGUUAUAUAGUCGAAGUUGUUUCUCAUAUAGAAUUAUAUAGUUAGUUUAAGUUUUAGUAUAAUUUUCAGUACUAUUUUCAUAGAAAAGAUUUUCUUUGUAGCUUCUUUAUUGUUUGAUUUGCACAAUAGUUAAAGCAUUGAGCGUUUUGAAAACGUACAGUAAAAGAAAUAUUUGUUCAUAGAUUUAUUUUAAAUUAGUAAAUUUUUGUUUGAAAAAGGAGGGUGGAUAGAAUGGGUCUCCACUCAUAGCAGGUGGUGAGAACUGGGCAAUCAAUAUUACUCGAUAUAUAAUUACAAAUUACAUUAUUAUAUAGCUAAACAGUUAAUUUUAUAACUGAUACAGUAAUUAAUUAUAUAACAAUUAAUGUGAGCUGAUUAGCUGCGAUUUCGAAUAGGUGUUUGUAUAGAUGUAGGUAUCCAUUAGAUGAAAAAUAAAUAACAUGUAGUUUUGAUAUAUGGGUAACUAAUUUGUAAGUGUAUGGAAAAUAUUUAAUCCGAAUUUGUGUGUACAUUUUUUAUGCAAGUCUAGGAUUAAUUAAUUAUUUCUUCUGCAACGAUUAUGCCUGAAAACGAGAGGGUUGUUCUUUCUCCUUUGUUUUAAUCCCUCUUAUACCGAGACUUUUGAUACAAUUUAUUCAAGCUGAUAGGUUCUUUAAUUUCUAGAAGUUCAGAAUAAUCAACCCUUCGAUCGUUUUACUUGAUAAUUCUCUAAAUCACCGUUGUUCAAGCAUAGAAAGCUAAAAAAUCAAUGAUUUUUUGCUUGUCAAUAUUUCAGAACAUGGAACAUGAAGUCCCAUAAAAUGUGGUCAAUUGCUAACAAUUACAUAUACGUCCGUAGAUAUGUUAGUUUUCAAUUUAAUUUUCAAUUGAUAUAGUAGUUUUAUUCACAAAUAUGAUAAUUUUAGAGAUAACAGUUUAUAUCAUAUUUUAUAUUAUAUUAUAUUAUAUUUUAUAUUAUAUUUUAUAUUAUAUUUAUAUUAUAUCUAUAUUAAAAAAAAAACAAAAAAAGAAUUAUAUUAUAUCUAUUUAUAUCGUAUCUAAAUUAAGAAAAAACAAAAAGAGGAUCAUUAAAUAUAACGAAGGUUAUUUAAUAAGUAAAAUAAUUUUGAUUUCAACUUACUGUUAACAAAUAAUAUAUUAUAAAUUUAUAAAUAAUGUUUAAGAUAAUGUGUUGAAUGUAUAUCAAUCUUCCUCGAAAGUAAUAAUUAGUGAGAACAUUUAUGAAUAAGACAGUCGACAGUUUCAUGUUGAAAUCAUGUUGAGGAUGUCGGGAAUUAUCUAUUUGAUGACUUUUAAUGCAAACAAUAUACAUUUCACUGUCUUAAUAAUUUAAAUAGUUAAUCUGUAUAUUAGUUGUAAUUUUAUCUCUGCGUGUAAAAUACAUCGAAGCUAAAACUAUGGACGAACAGAGUAUUAAACGAAGAGGUUAUUACUCGGAAAUCGUCACAGGUAUGUAAUUAACGAUCGACUUGAGCUAUUCGUAGCAAACAAUUAACUCCAUUUCCUGAAUUUUUAAAAAUUCACUUAAUCAAUGCUUCGCUCUCUAUAUCUAAUAUUUCUCUAUAUCUAAUCUUUCUAUAUCUAGAAUUUCUUUAACAAUUGGGCCACUGAAUGACGAAAUCUUUUUCAAUCCAAAAUUGACGAAUCAUUUUGUUAAAAAGAGCCAACGUAAAAACAUACUACUUUAUGCCUUUUGUUUUUUGUACUGAAUGAAAGUUACACCUGUAAUCUAAAAUUACACCUGCAUUGAUAAAAAUUUCUUAGCAUUCUUCUUUGAAAUUCCUUUUAGAAUUUAAACUCGAAUGUUUAUUUGACAUGUAAAAGAAAUUUUAAUGAAGAAUUUUUAUCAAUCUCUUUGCUUUCUGUUUUACGAGUAAGUUCACUUCGAUGAAACUAACUGAAUUGGCGUACAGGCACUCGAGAAUGUCCUGUUAAACCGGAAGUGGCCCUUCUGACAACUGUACCAAGAAGAACGAAGCUCGCCUGGCAAGUUUCUACCGAGCAUCAUAGCGCCCAUGUCAGACAAUUACAGGAUCAAGAAACGUAUAAUUUCCUCGGCGAAGCUAAAAGAUGGAUGAGCUUUCCGGAAGAUCGAUCAAUUUCGUUUCCAGCGGCGACGUUUGUUCCAAAAGUGCAAAUGCAACUAAACGUAGAGCCCAAAAAUAUUCCACGAAACGUCGAAAUGGAGAGGCGACGCAGAUUAUACAAGAAUUUGAAAAUCGAAAAUGCUUUCGAGGAAAUGGGUGUUUCACCAAAAGAGAUGUUGCCUCCGUCUGCCGUGUUACCAUUACUAACGUAUGAAGAGAUAUAUAGUUUAUUCAGCACGGUGCAUUUUCUUCCUCUGGAAAUUUUUGACGACGAGGAAUACGAUUGCCGAACGGCAGAAGAUUGGAUAAAUCUCGGUGUUAUCGAUGGAAAGCAUUAUCCGCUACCAGCCACCGUUUUUGUUCCAAGAUUUCGAUCCGAGAACGAGAUGUUUCCUCUCGAGGAUGAUCAGUUGAACAACUUGUUCGUUUGGACUAACGCUGCCAUUACUCACUACAAUCACGAGAGGAAAUUGUGGAGCGUACUCACGCUCGAUGGUAGAAAACGGAAAUUUAAGAUACCGAGGAUCUAUAUUCGAUUCUUCGCGGAAGAUCCUCGGAACUAUGUGAAGAGAUUGAAGGUGGCCAUUGAACAUAGACGGACUGCUGAAGCUUCUAUAAAGUACAAUUUUUAUUUGGACUGUAUGCUAAUGGAGGGCAUGGAAACGUUGAAUGAAAAAGAAAAAGAAAAUAUCAUCCGUUUGGUUGGGAAUAAUUUCAGACUAAAACACAGGCAUGUAAUACUGCUGAUGGAAGAAAUCUGCUUGGAUUAUCAACGAACAAUGUGCGAUCUCAUGUGGAGGCAGAUGAUACAGCGAAAUCCAGAAAUGUUUAAAUUCAUCACAUGGGUGCCCGAUGUUGAGCCCAUAAAGGUGCCAGAAAAAAGCAAGAUUGAUACAGGCAUGAAAAACUUUCUGAAAGUAAGAGAAUCCACUCAUUGGACAACACUGUACGUUCACGAAGAAGUAUGCGAAGCUGUGACGUGUAUCAUGGCCGAAUGUAUGCUUGUAUCCUCGAUGAAUUUAUUCGUUACUUCUUAUGGGAAACAAAUAAAAUUGUCAGAGUUCGAAGAUCUACAGAACCAAGCAACUACUACGAUUAUUAAAUAUUUGAAAGAACCAUGGUUGGAGAAAAUUACGCAAUCAGUCAGAAUGUGUUUGAGGGAUCUUGGAAAAGGUUGGUUUAAUCUCGAACAAAAGGAUCACGAGGUGUAUAACGUGAUGAAAUUAAAGCGUUUCAUGAAUCUCACCACUUUUUGUAUGCAGUACGCAUUGCGGAUUCUGGUGGAAAAUUCGAUCAAGCUGUUCGGAGAUAUUCUGGAGGGUCCAGCCUUAUGUCUCUUGGAUGUCGAAGAGUCGUUUUCCUGGGGAAAUGAUCUCACUGACAGCCAAUUUAAACCCGCUGCCAAUCCCAUUUUCCUUAUUGACCUUCAAAUGGAUGAGCAGAAACCAGAUUACACAACAAAUCCAGACAAAUUUGUAGAAAGCAUCGUUACUUUGUACGACAAUGCGCUGGUCGCCUGCCACCAAAUCAGACAGGUACAUCCUUUUCUACUUCCGAGGUUGAAGUUCCCGGCAAACGUUUUUCUAAGUUCCGUCGGAUUACUUGAAGAUAAAGUGUGCAAUGUUCGCGACCGAUUGAGAAUAGCUUAUCAGAAGUCGACGAUACCGUUAAAAGCGUAUGCGAAGGAGUACAGUCGAUAUCAGUCGUUCUUCAAUCUCAACAUCCCGAAGGAGUUGAAGCAGGAAGAGCUUAGCACGCUGGAGAUAAAGGAGGAAACUGCAUUUCAUAUCACAAUGAAAGAGAAUCUUGAAGUUACUUUGCCCAAUACUAUUCCUAUCGGACCAUUCAUGGUGAAUGUCCGUCCUUUGAAGGUCUUUUUGAUGCAGAAAAGGAACGAAUGCGCUACAGGAUUGCUACUUAUGUUCACGGAAAAGUUACGAACGGAAGUGGACGAUAUAUUGAAGGAAUAUCGGCAAAUACGGUACAGAUUGAAGGAAGUGCCGCAAAGUAUCGAGCACAUAUUCGAGAUACGCGAUUGGAUGGAGACAAUACCACUUCGAGUUGAGAAUCUCGAAGAGAGAAUGAACAAAUUGAAAUUAGAUUUCGACGUUCUUGAUAGUUUCCUUUGGAACAUAUCGGACGACGAUUUCCAGGCGAAAUGGGAAGUGAUCGGUUCUCCACUUCAAAUUGAGAACGAGAUCAAAGAAACGAACGAACGAUUGGUGGAAGAGCAGGAGAAGUUUUACAGAAUCCAGCUGCAGGACGAGGUCUUACUGCAAGAGAAAAUAGAUACUCUAGUAAGCAAUGUGGCAAAUAUCUCUCUUCAAACGGAUAUUCAUCGCGUACACGAGACUGCACUCGAUGUGAAGAGAGUUUGGAAAGCCAUGGUCGACUGUCGAGAAAUGGGUCUGCUGCUUAAUGAACGGCAAAAACUGUUUGGCAUGAAAGUGGUGCCUUUCGAACAUCUACACAAGCUAAUGAGAGACUUUGAACCAUACAGAAAUUUGUGGAUCACCGCUUCAGACUGGCUUAAAUGGUACGAUAUAUGGAUGGACAAUCCGUUGAUGAAUGUUGAUGGCAGUCAAAUCGAUAUUCUGGUUGCUGAUAUGUAUCGAGUAAUGACCCGAGCGAUUAGAACGUUCCAAGAAUUCCCGAAGGUACAGGCAAUAGCAAUUGCAAUAAAGGAGCAAAUAGACGAAUUCAAGCCUUAUAUUGGUCUCAUACAAGCCCUUCGAGAACCAGGAAUGAAAGACCGUCAUUUCGAGAAACUGAGCGCGCAAACUGGAAUACAAAUGGCUCUUAAACCAGCCAUAACGUUUAAAUCCUUGUUAAUACUUGGUAUCCAGGAAUUUGAAGAAUUAGUGAAAAUUGUUGCUGACAUUGCAGCCAAAGAAUACGCCACUGAACGGACAUUGAAUAAAAUGAUUGAAGAGUGGGAAACGAUUGUUCUGGAGCUACUACCAUACAAAACCACUGGAACUUAUAUAAUAAAGGUUGCAGAAGAAAUUAUAAUGCUGCUAGAGAACCAUAUACUCAGCGUACAACAGCUUGCAUUCAGCCCAUUGAAAACCGUUUUCGAGGACGAGAUCAAUGAGUGGGAACGUAAAUUAAAGUUGACGCAAGAGGUACUAAUCUUAUGGAUAGAAGUACAAAGAGACUGGAUGUACUUGGAGCCAAUAUUUACUUCAGAGGAUAUUAAUGUUCAAUUGCCAGUGGAAACUAGGAAAUACAAUGCCAUGGAGCGAAACUGGAGACGUAUCAUGAGGAAUGCUUAUGAGAAUCCCUAUAUUAUGAAAAUAUGCCCCGACAACAGUCUCCUCGAGAGCCUUCAAGAGUGCCAAAGUCUUCUGGAAGUAGUGCAAAAAGGUCUAUCCAAUUACCUGGAAGUGAAACGAAAAAUUUUCCCUCGAUUCUACUUCCUUAGCGACGACGAACUUCUGGAGAUCCUUGCCCAAGCGAAGAAAGUACAAGCGGUGCAACCGCAUCUCAGGAAAUGUUUCGAGAACAUUCAAGAAGUAAGGUUCGAAGAGGAUCUGCAGAUCACCCGGAUGUACUCAGCCGAGAGAGAGGAAGUGGUGCUUCAUCCACCGAUGUAUCCAGUGAGAAGCGUCGAAUAUUGGCUGGGUGAUUUGGAGACUGUGAUGCGAAACACUAUUAGGAAAGUUAUCGAAAAAGCUCUAUCGCUUGUCAAAGAGAUUCCAAAGAAAAUAUGGGUGUACAUGUGGCCGGGACAGGUGACUCUUUGCUGUGGUCAAACGUAUUGGACUGCACAAGUAGAAAAUGGAAUCCGUACGAAAACGCUCUCCAACUACUACCAGGAGUUGCUGGGAUAUAUGGACGAUUUACGUGAAUUAGUGCGAGACCCACAAACCGAAAUUCAGAGAUUAACGUUGGAGGCAGUAAUUACUAUUGAGGUGCACGCGCGCGACGUGCUGUACAAAUUGUUGCAAGAAAAAGUAUCGAACGUAAACGAUUUUGACUGGAUCUCACAGCUACGGUAUUACUGGAUGAAUGAUGACUUGAAAGUGCGUGCCGUGAAUGCAGAAUUUCCGUAUGGAUACGAAUAUUUGGGAAAUACCGGAAGACUCGUUAUCACCCCUUUGACUGAUCGAUGCUAUUUGACAUUAACUGGAGCGUUACAUUUGAAAUUCGGUGGUGCACCGGCUGGUCCUGCAGGCACUGGUAAAACGGAAACCACAAAGGACCUCGCGAAAGCAUUCGCCAUACAAUGUGUCGUAUUUAAUUGUUCUGAUCAGUUGGAUUUUAUGUCGAUGGGGAAAUUCUUCAAAGGUCUUGCUAGAUUCAUCUUCGAAGCAGAUGAAAUUGUGCUGAAGCCAUCCUGCGCGGUAUUCAUCACUAUGAAUCCCGGUUACGCAGGUCGAACUGAAUUACCAGACAAUUUGAAAGCCUUGUUCCGCCCUGUAGCUAUGAUGGUACCGGAUUACGCACUAAUCGCUGAAAUUUCAUUAUUUUCAUACGGUUUUACUGAGGCGAAAAGCUUAGCUGGGAAAAUAACGACAACGUUUAAAUUAAGUUCGGAACAAUUAAGCACGCAGGAUCAUUAUGACUUUGGAAUGCGUGCGGUGAAAACGGUGAUAGCUGUGGCAGGGAAUUUGAAACGGGAACAAAAGGAUUUAAAUGAACAACAGAUUUGCUUACUUGCUUUGAGAGACGUGAACGUUCCAAAGUUUUUAAAAGAUGACCUGACAUUGUUUAAUGGUAUUGUAUCUGAUUUAUUCCCACGUUUGGAAGAGAAAUACGUAGACCACGGAAUUUUGGAAAUAGAGAUUCGUGCGGCCAUUGUGAAAAACAACCUAGAAGAAGUUGAUGUGGUACCUGGUCAUGCUUUUCAAUACCUUACGCAGCAAUUGUUGCAAGCAACGCCUGAACGUGAUGCCGCACAUCGCGUACAGUAAGAAAUUAAUGCUGAAGUUGGUGUAG